AUGGCUGCUCAAGUUCGCCGGUUCGCUGCUGGCCUUGGUGAGGCCUCUAGGGCGUACAAAGAAACUUGGGACAGAUGCGUACACAUUGAACUUCAAAAAGUACCAUCGACGACCACACCGAAAGACAUCCGCAGGGCCCUUGGCCAUGCUCGGCUACAGGGUGUCUCAGAUGUUGCAAUAAUAUACCGCGGUUUCCGUCCCACCAAUCGCGCCCUCCUCACCCUCGUUCACAACAGUUACCUCCGCCAGAACUUGAAAGCCCUCGAGAAGCUGACAUUGGUUGGCCUACCAAUCGAUUCCGAGCCUGUACUUUUGUCGUCAUCAGAAGCACAAGAGUCACAGGCGAGGCAGCGAGGCAGCAAAGGGCGAACGGACGCGGCUGAACGGGGAGCUGUCACUGGAGACGGCCCAAAUGGUGGUGUUCCAAAUAACGGAAAGAAUGUGGUUGUCUGGGGCCUUCCUCUAAGAAUCCACAGCGACAUUUUCCGGGAGCUUCUAACAGGUUUCAAACUUGCUGAAUUGGAUCAAGGUCCAGACAUAAUGAGGGUUCACUCGUAA